AUGCAGAUAAUUGAAGGGAAAGUUGACAGGCUCUUGGAUGAAUGUAGGAAAAAAAAACAUAAACUAGAGGAUGAGGAACUGAAAUUGGAAUUUGAAAACAUGUGGGCAGAAACACUGUCAGAGUUGAAGUUCAGUAGUUUACAGAAACGUGAAAUUUAUCGAGAGAUGGAGUCCCAGUUGAGAAAGGACCUAGCAAAUCAAGGGAGUGCCAUCAGGCAGAAGCUACAGGAAUCAGGUAGUUUGUUGUUUCAUGGAAUUGACAAUUUCACAGUGAAAAAGGAGUAUCUAGAUUCAGCAUUGAUCAAAACUAGGAAACAACAGUUCAUAGGGGAAUGUGAAACAGCUGUUCACACAGAAGAACUUGCUAAAUCUUUAAUAGAUGAGGGUAAAAGAUACACUGAAGAAAAGGUAAAUUCCAAAGUGGACUACGAUGAAAUCUAUUGCAGAGAAUUGCUGAACUUAAUCAACAAGAGGCUCCAACAGGAGGACAUUAAAAAACUUGGCACUACUGCUUGUUUUGAAGUUGACCUGAAAAUUCAUAUUUUGAGGAAGGCAGCUUUGAGAUUUCAGAAGACGCAUGAAGAUUUUAUCAAACAAAAUGAUCCUCAGUGUCGUCUAGAGAAAUUGAAACCUCAGUAUUUCUCCACUUUUACUGACCUGUAUUUGGAAAAAGAUGAGAACCAAACAAGGGCCAAGGAUUUCUGUGAUCAAUGUCUCAAACCUGCCUUGGAGGUUUAUAUCAACAAAAGACUAGGAAUAGAGAUAGUAGAUGACAUUCUUAACAAGGCAGAGUCCAUUGCAUAUAGCAGUCAGACCUUCUUCCAGUUCACUGUACAGAAAAAGCUUCUGGAGGAGGAGAACUUUGAUAACUGUAUGCAAUAUAUUAAAAACUAUAAACAAUUUGUCAAAACCUGGAUUCAGAGACGUAUGAUGGAUCAUUACAGGGAGCCUAAGCGUUUGGGAGAGUUGGAGAAAAAGAUUCUAUCUACAAUAUUAAAGAAAGUGAGGGAAGUUCUGGAAAGAUCCAAAAAUGAAAAAAAUACCACGGUCUUGGAAUUUUUAAACAACUUUUGUGAAGCGCUGCAGCAGGACCUAGUCAUUUCCAAGGACAACUUACUUGGGAUACAGUUUAAAAACACAGCAAAACCAGGCCAGUUUUGUGCUAAUAUUAAAAGCUUUCUUCCGGAUUUGGAACAAGAAAUCUUAUCUCAAUUUGGUGGUUUGGAUAUUCACAUGAAACUCUCCAAUCUGCCAUUAAACCCCCAGGAUGUAAUCUUUAAGCAAGUGUUUGGCUGUGGGAUGCAGUGUCCAUUUUGUAAAGUCCCCUGUGAAGCAGGAGGCAGUGAUCACAAGGAGCAUUUUGCAUCUGUCCAUCGGCCACAAGGAUUAUGCAAUUUCUGGGAUCGUGAUACACAAAAACUUGUCUAUGAUAUAUGCUCAUCUGAAGUGGUUUCUGAGAACUUAUUCCGAAAAUUAGGCACAAAAGAGAAAUUGCAUCCCUACAAAGAUUAUUGGGUCUAUUAUCCAGACUGGCGCAUUCAGCCAGAUCCCAGCAUUGAGGCUUCUGAUUACUGGAAGUUUGUUUUCCAGAAGUUCAAUCUCCAGUUAGCUAAAAGUUAUAAUGCUAACCCAGCAGAUCUCCCAAGAAACUGGGGAAAAAUAACUGAAACACGGGCACUGGAAGGCCUAAAGGAGGCCUUUAACAUGAAAUAAAAACAUGAGGAGAGCCUGUUGAAAAGCAAUGUACAUGUAUUUAAAUAUUUUAAAACUUUCCUUCAUUUUAAAAAAUGGCAUGUUAAAAAUAUUCUGUAUUGUAUUUUUUUUUUUGAGUCUCAGAACCUCAUGUUCACUUCACAGCUUCCAAGUGG